GGGCGGACACUCGCUUGUAGAGCUCCUCGUGUUUGCUGCGGGCCGCCGGAGCGGGCUCCUUUCUCCAAGUCGGGGCACGUCUUAGCCGGCACCAUGACGGUGGGCAAGAGCAGCAAGAUGCUGCAGCACAUCGACUACAGGAUGAGGUGCAUCUUGCAGGAUGGUCGAAUCUUCAUCGGCACCUUCAAGGCCUUUGACAAGCACAUGAACCUGAUCCUGUGUGACUGUGAUGAGUUCAGGAAGAUCAAGCCAAAGAAUGCAAAACAACCUGAACGUGAGGAAAAGAGGGUUCUAGGACUGGUACUGCUUCGUGGGGAGAACUUGGUCUCUAUGACUGUGGAAGGGCCACCCCCUAAAGAUACAGGUAUUGCCCGUGUGCCGUUAGCUGGAGCUGCGGGAGGCCCUGGGAUUGGCAGGGCUGCAGGUAGAGGUGUGCCAGCCGGUGUUCCAAUGCCCCAGGCUCCUGCAGGCUUAGCAGGACCUGUCCGGGGAGUCGGUGGGCCUUCCCAACAGGUGAUGACCCCACAGGCAAGAGGGACUGUGGCCGCUGCUGCUGUUGCUGCCACAGCCAGUAUAGCAGGAGCCCCAACACAGUACCCCCCUGGUCGAGGAACUCCUCCCCCACCUGUGAGCCGGGGGACACCUCCUCCAGGCAUGAUGGCCCCUCCUCCUGGAAUGAGACCUCCCAUGGGUCCCCCAAUGGGGAUGCCCCCUGGGCGAGGGGCACCCAUGGGGAUGCCCCCUCCUGGCAUGAGACCCCCUCCUCCUGGCAUGAGAGGUCCCCCUCCCCCAGGGAUGCGCCCACCAAGACCUUAGGACUCCUCGGCUGCUGUGAUGCUGCCUCUGACUUGAGGCUGUAUAUAGUUUUGGGGGCUUUUUGUAUAAAGUGUGCUGCUUUUCAGUUGAUUCAUAAUAAACUCUUGGGGAAAAAAAAAAA